ACACGAUUUCGCAGAUGAACAAUCAGUCCAAGUCGAACCACAAUGGCAAAUAGACGUUCUUGCAUUUUAAUCCGCGUUCUAAUCAGAAAGUGAAUAUUUCUCCCUUUUCUGCAUCAGAGAAAAAAGUGUAUAACAGAAGUUGAUUUUCUGUACGUUGUCGCAUGUGACAAGAGAAAAUAAGCAAAGAAAUACUGAAAAAAUGUAAAAUUAUCAAAUAAAUUGCAACAAAAAAGUGUUGAGACAAAACUCAAAAUAAAAAUAUAAAACUAAAAAUACAGAAAAUCAUAAAAAAUUAACAAAAAGUGUUCAGAAACAGAAAAAAAUCGACAAAAUAUUCCGAAAAUUUUCAUGUUACAAGUGAAUUGUGUGAUGUGAUACAAAAGGUUGAAUUAACUUAAUUUUCAACUUUCUCCGGCAACAUGUCACACACGUGAAUCAGCAAGAAAAAUAGCACGAUAAGACAAAGAAGACAUCAAAAAAAAAAGAAAAAAGACUUCAAAGAAUUUUCUGUUUGACGACAUUUGGAUGUCGUGAACGAAAAAAAAGGUAAAAAUUUCAUUCAAGGACGCUCAAAAAUAAAAAGGGAAGAAAAAAAUCCUUUUUCUCUUUAUUUGCUAUUUUUUAUUUCUUUUUUUCCUGUGAAACGACACGUGAAAUGUCGGUAAGAAGUGAUACUUCUGCUUCUUCCAACCUUUGAAUGUGAAGUAAUAAAAAUGAUGAUAAAAGGUUCGUUCCCUUUUUGAAUAAGUGGUGAUAUCAUCAUCGGGCAUCAUCAUAAUUGAGAAGAUUUUUUGUCCCUAAAAAAUAUAAAAUAAAUAAAAAAAAGUGUUAAAUAAAUGUUUAAAUAUAAAUGAAUCAAUGUUUAAAUGUAUCUGCUUAAAAAAUAAAAUAAAUAAUUGUGGUAAAAAUUAAAUGAAGUAGAAAAUAAAUAAAAAAAUAUAAUUUUUCAAAUAAAUAAGAAAAAAAUAAAUAUUAAAUAAAAAUGUCAUCGCAACAACUGUGCGGGGCAAUAAUUGUCCUAACAUGCAUAAUUUGCUAUUACAACAGCAUUUACUGCGGUUUUGUGUUCGAUGACAUAAGUGCUAUUAAGGAAAAUCGUGAUUUGCGGCCACACACACCGAUAAAAAGUGUCUUCUUGAAUGAUUUCUGGGGUACGCCGAUGCACAAGGAGCAAAGCCAUAAAUCAUACAGACCACUGUGCGUACUCACAUUUCGAUGGAAUUUUUUAUUUCAUGGAUUAGAGCCAGCCGGUUACCAUGUAGUGAAUUUGAUGCUACAUGCGAUUGUGUCGUUAAUGUAUUUUAGAAUGUGCGCAUUGCUGUUACCUGAAACAUCGAGCUUUGCCGCAGCGAUGCUCUUCGCUGUUCAUCCCGUGCACACAGAAGCGGUAACUGGCGUCGUUGGCAGAGCCGAAACGCUGUCGUCUGUAUUCUUCAUCGCUGCAUUUAUCUUCUACACAAAAGCGACUAGACGAAAAAAGAGUACAGGCUGGAAAUAUUUAUCACUGGCAAUGAUGUCGGUUACAACGGCGAUGUUGUGCAAGGAGCAAGGCAUCACCGUAACUGGCGUGUGUGCCAUUUAUGAAGUGUUUGUCGCACAAAAGAUGCGUUUGAGUGACUUUCUUCAUUUGGUCCGGUCCAUAAUAAGUGGCAAGAGUUUGACAACGCCGCAUGGGUGGUGGCCGCACGAAGCGACAAAACGUUUAGUUGUCUUAGUCGUAACGACAUUAGCAUUAUUGUUUGCCCGUUUACAAAUUAUGGGAUCACAGUUGCCUGUAUUUACGAGAUUUGAUAAUCCAGCAUCUGUGUCAGCAACGCCAGCCCGGCAAUUAACGUACAACUAUUUAGCAUCUGUAAAUUUAUGGUUAUUGUUGUUCCCAUGCGAUUUAUGUUGCGACUGGACAAUGGGCACGGUGCCGCUGGUGGAAUCAAUAACGGAUGUCCGAAACAUCGGAACGCUAGCGGCCUAUUUGCUAAUUGGCACACUUGUGUGGGUCUCCCUGACGCACGAGAACCGACAGAAGGCUGGUGUCGUGAUAAUGGGUCUCGCAUUGAUGAUUCUCCCCUUCCUGCCAGCGUCAAACUUGUUCUUCCCCGUGGGAUUUGUGAUAGCCGAACGUGUUUUGUACAUGCCCUCCAUGGGAUUUUGCAUCUUAGUGGCCUACGGAUUUCAUUUACUUUCCGAAAGGUGGUCCAAGAAAUGCACCUGGAGCCUCUUGGGGAUAUUAUUGCUCUCACAUUCCCUCAAAACGUACAACCGAAAUCUCGAUUGGGAGAACGAAUACACGAUUUUCAUGUCGGGCUUGAAGGUGAAUCAGCGAAAUGCGAAACUUUUCAACAACGUUGGACAUGCCCUCGAAGCCGAAGGUGAUUUUGUGACAGCCUUGCAGUAUUUCCACAAAGCCGUCGAAGUGCAGGAGGACGAUGUGGGGGCACACAUCAAUGUCGGGCGGACAUACAAUCACCUCAAGAUGUUCAAGGAGGCGGAAGAGGCAUAUUUAAGAGCAAAAGCUCUCUUGCCUAAAGCCAAGCCUGGCGAAUCGUAUCAGGCACGCAUCGCACCGAACCACCUCAAUGUGUUCCUUAAUCUUGCCAACCUCAUUUCCAAGAACCACACACGCCUCGAGGAAGCUGACAUGUUGUAUCGGCAAGCCAUCAGCAUGCGAGCCGACUACACGCAGGCCUACAUCAAUCGCGGCGAUAUUUUGAUCAAAUUAAAUCGCACCAAAGAGGCGCAGGAAGUGUACGAGCGCGCAUUACUCUAUGACAGCACAAACCCCGACAUUUAUUACAACCUGGGCGUUGUAUUUCUCGAACAAGGCAAGGCAUCGCAGGCAUUAGCAUAUUUGGACAAAGCAUUGGAAUUCGAUCCAGAACAUGAGCAGGCAUUGUUAAACUCUGCCAUUUUGUUGCAAGAACUUGGACGGGCGGAAUUGCGAAAAAUUGCAAGAGAACGUUUGCUCAAACUUUUAGCAAAAGAUGAAGACAACGAACGAGUUUACUUCAACUUGGGCAUGUUGGCGAUGGACGAUCACAAGACGGAGGAAGCGGAACAUUGGUUUAGGCGUGCCGUACAUCUCAAAAUUGACUUCCGGAGUGCGUUAUUUAAUCUAGCGUUGCUCCUGGCAGACGAUCACCGUCCAUUGGAGGCUGCUCCAUUCCUGAAUCAGCUCGUCAAACAUCAUCCGGACCAUACAAAGGGGUUAAUUUUGCUUGGCGAUAUUUAUAUUAAUAAUAUUAAGGAUUUGGAUGCGGCGGAAAAUUGUUACAAACGCAUUCUCCAAUUAGAUCCCGUCAAUAUACAGGGUUUGCACAAUCUAUGUGUGGUUUAUGUGGAACGUGGUAAAUUAGCGCAAGCUCAGGCAUGUUUAUCGCAUGCACACCAACUUGCACCGUCGGAGGACUACAUUCUGAAGCAUUUGCAAAUUGUGCAGACACGUAUCACGCGUCUUCGCGCCUCAGCUGGCAUGGAAAAGGAAAAGGAAAUUGCAUUUGCGGACUUUGAUCCGAUGGAGUUUGGGGGCGGUGUAGCGAUCGACAUCAACACCAUCAUCAUGAACAACGAAAAAACGCUAAUUGGAGCCGCCGAGAAAGCAGCAAAGGCAUCAAAAAACGAAAAACCCUCGAAUUUCGGCAGUGGUUUUGUCGCAGCGAGCGUCCUUCCGAAUGCCCCGGCAACGGGCACCAGCAGCUUUAGUGGCAGCAAAAAGGCACAUCUUCCGCCCACGGCACCACAGUCCUCCCAAAUUGCCGAGCCAAUUUUCAUCGAGUCCGAAACGAUGUCGUCGCGCAUCCACAACGACUACCACUAUCGUCCGAGCAACAGUAACAGCAACAAUGGCGGCACACCGAUGAGUCGCAACAUCAACAGCAAUUUCCACUACAACCGAAAAGUUAUCAAGAGCAUCGUUAAUCAUCAGCAACAUGUGCCGAGUUCGCGCAAAGCGAGACAACAACAACUUGGCGCGGACUUGGAUGAUCCGUCGUCCGGCAUGUCAUAGCAUCAAAUUAUAAAUCAGAAAUUCAAAAAAAUUAUUGAUUUGUAUU